AUGGGUCUUGUAAGUUUUUUCUUCAUUUAUUCAUGUUUUUUUCCGAAAUUGAUUACAUUUUGAAAAUAAUUAUUUCGAAAUUCAACUCACACAAUUUUCAAAAAAUCUAAUUUUGGUUUGUCGAUAUUAAAAAUAAUUUAAACAUUUUGCCGAAAAAAACGUUACACAAGUCUCAGAAUCAGCAGUUCAAAAAUUCAUAUAACUAACAUACACUAGCUUAAGAAACACAUCCUAAAAUAGAAAUUUUUUGCAACAUAAGAGUAUUUUAUUUCGGAAAAUCAUACAAAAUUCAAAAUUAUAUAGAAAUAUCAUCUCUAUUUUCACACCUGUCAAAAAUUUUCGCACCUUGGCCCCAAAAAAUGAAUGCGUCCAAGAAGAAAUAGUGCGUGUUUUUGGAGAGUGAGAUCACCAUUUUGGGAAGUUUUUCCUACGUAGUUGAAUGAGAUUGAGUAUAAAAACCUAGUUAGCUAAAAAUCAGGGGAAAUUAGAAAAUCAAGUUUUGGCAAGAAUAUGCAGAGCUCACAACUCAUUCACAAACCGAAAUUAUAGUACAAAAUUCUUCCGCAAGCUAAUUUUCAAAGCAAAUUUAAAAAAAUUAAAAAUGAGGUGAAAUUGAGUUUUCUACUGAAUUAUGAUUCUCAGAGAAAACUUGCAAAUAUUAGAAAUAUUUCACAAUCUUACUGCUUUUAUGCUGUUCAGAAUUAUUAUAUGAUAAUCCUUAAACCAAAAUGUUUAAAUUAUUUUUAAUAUCGACAAACCAAAAUUAGAUUUUUUGAAAAUUGUGUGAGUUGAAUUUCGAAAUAAUUAUUUUCAAAAUGUAAUCAAUUUCGGAAAAAAACAUGAAUAAAUGAAGAAAAAACUUACAAGACCCAUUCAGGAAAAUGACAAAAACACAAUUGGCCCCUUUUUUGGAGCCCCCAUUCAGGGAAGUGACAAAAUAAGGGGUUGGCCCCAUUCAGGAAUACGCCAAAUGCAUUUCUGGCCCCAUUUUGUAGAGGCCCCAUUCAGGUAAAGUGACAAAGGCCCCUUUUUUCACCCUUUUUGACAUGUGCUACGCGCGGUUCCAUUCAGGAGAAAUGACAAACGCAUGGCCCCAUUCAGGAGGCCCCAUUUUGAGAGGAGGAAGACCCCAUUCAGGGGACCCAUUCAGAGAUUGCCGAUUUUAUCAGCCUAGAAAUCACAAAAUGAAAUUUGGCAGAAAUUCUGUCAAAAAUUACAUCGUUUUUGCCCUACCUACAAAUCACAAAAUUUAGUUUAUCAAAAAUUUUGAGGCUGUCAAAAAGAACACUGUAUUUUACCUACUGACAUCAUAGUUCUCCUGAAAUUGUAUUGUUUUUUCGGAAAAGUUUGUCAAAAAUGACACGGUAUUUUACCUACCUAUCCAGUUUUUGUCUCUUCUGUUUCUUCGUCAAACUUUUUGAAAGAAAAGUUUGACCUUGAACUUUUUUUUUCUUCGUUUUUCAAAUUUGUUUCAAUGAUUUUUCGUUAUCUCUGAUAUAAAUACGACCAAAUUUUGGUCAUUUUGACGGAAAAUGAAAAGAGCGAUUUUCUAGGGAAAAUUUGAUGUUUGCUCUGAAAAACUGGAAUUUUUGCACAAAAAAGUUCAAAAGGUUCUUAUUUUUUUUAUUUAUUUGAUCACAAAAAAUGGUGAAAAAUUAGUUGAUCAAACAAAUAUUUGGACGAAAAAUUGGGGGAUUAUUUGGAUGAAAAUCAAAUUUUUUUGCAGCUCGGAAAUUGGAGCGAAAAACGUGGCUGGAUUUUCGACUCGAAAUACGCAAAUCGCUGGGAAUUCAACAUCGAUCCAGAUUCCGAGGAUUUAGAAGGUCUUCAUUUGAGAGUGGUAGUGUAUUUGGUGAGUUUUUUGGGCCCGAAAGUACUGUAGUUUUUGGCGCGAGAAAAUUUGGAGCAUUUUGAGCCUCGUUUCAUAACCAAACUUUAAAGGAACAUGGCCUUAUUUGGUCUCAAAAUGACCGUAUUUUUCUACAGGAAGAACCAUUUGUGAUCAAAAAUGGUGAAAAUGAAUACGAGGGAUUCUGUAUCGAUUUGCUCAACGAAAUGGCAAAAGUGCUCAAAUUCAACUAUACGAUUUUUGAGGUUCAAGAUGGAACUUAUGGAAUUGAGGUGGGUCAAAUUAUUUGGCACCAACAUUUUUUUUGGCGCCAAAAUUUGAAAUUCAAAUUUUCUCCAGGAUGAUCACGGUCGUUGGAAUGGAAUUAUUGGAGCUUUGCAAAGGCACGAAGCCGAUUUGUCACUUUCCGCAGUUACCAUAACUUAUAGUCGCGCUGAAGUUGUUGGUGAGUGGAUUUUUGGAGCAAAAAUCAGGGAUUUUUGGGUCUUGAGACGAUUUUCCUCUCAAUUUUUGAUAAAAAAUUGUCCAUGACUCAUGUUAAACUUACCCAGUUUUUUUCGUUACGAAUCAAUGAUUUUUUUACCAAAAAAUCAGAUUUUGUAACUUUUUUUUGACCAGCAAAAAAUAUUAUAAACUUUCACUUUUAGCUAAUUUUUCUAGUUUUUUUUCGGUCGAAAAAAAAUUUUGUUUUUUUUUUCAACUAAAAAGGGAUUUUUGAGGGAUUGCUCAUGUUAGGACGGAAAUUUGGAAUUUUUAAAGGAACAUGGGAUUAUCUACACUUGAAAUAACCGUAAUUCCACGUGGAUUACUGUAGAUACGAACUUGGCGCCAAAAUAGGUCAUGUUUGGUGUCAGAAUUUCACAUUUUUUCGCCCUAUAGUAGCCCUACAGUAAUCCGACUCUCAAAAUUGCAUGGAUUGCUCAUAUUAAUCCAAUUUUUUCCAGAUUUCACACUGCCUUUCAUGCAUCUUGGAAUAUCAAUUUUACUAGCCAGAACAUCAGAAGAAACCGACAAAGGAUCACUUUGGACAUUUCUGGAACCACUUUCUCUAACGGUCUGGGUCUCUCUUCUCGCCAGUUAUAUCAUUGUAUCGUACUCGAUGCAUUUGCUGGCCAAAUUUAGUCCUUAUGAAUGGUAAGAAAUUUGCGGGCAGUGGGGUUCCAACCCAUGACCUUUCACUUGAUGAAUUGAGCUCUAACCGGCUGCUUCAUUUUUUCCAGGUAUAAUAUUGAGCGAAUCGAUGAACGCGACUUUGAGAGCAUAAAAAAUCAGAAAAAUCAAUUUACAAUCCUGAAUUCGUUCUGGUUCACCAUGGGAUCUUUGAUGCAACAAGGUUCGGAUGUGAUUCCGCGAGCUGCCGCGACGCGGUUGAUUGCGGUGGUUUGGUGGAUGUUCACCCAAAUUAUUAUAUCGAGUUAUACUGCUCAGUUGGCAGCGUUUUUGACGGUGGAAAGAAUGUCUACACCAAUUGGUGGGUUUUUGAAGAAAAAAAACUUUUGCGGGCAGCGGGGUUCGAACCUGCGACGUUUUACUCGGUAAUUUAAGCUCUAGCCGGCUGAGCCACGCAAUAUGAGGUUUAGGCGGGCAGUGGGAUUCGAACCCUUGACCUUUCACUUCAAAAAUUAAGCUCUAACCGACUGAGCCAAAAAAUAAAAAUAUUAGCGAGCAGCGGGGUUCGAACCCUUGACCUUUCACUUGAAAAAUCAAGCUCUAACCGCUUGACAUGAGCUCAUAUCUAGAUAAAUCUUACCAAAAUUUAUCAGGAAAAAAAAAUUUGAAUUUUUCAACAAAAAGGUGAGAGUUCAAUGGAGCGCACUUGCUAUUUCUAGUCUAUUUUUGCCUCAGAAAUUCAAAAUUUCAUGAAAAUUCCAUUUUAAGCUCAAAAUUGACCAUUUUUAAAGCUCUUUCUUCCAGAAUCCACGCAAGAUCUGGCAAAUCAACAAAAAAUCCGCUACGGGACCCUGAAAUCUGGCUCAACGAUGGAUUUUUUCCGCGAAUCCAAAAUUCCGAUGUACGAACGAAUGUGAGUUUUGCUGAAAAUCCCAAAUUUUCAGCUAAAAAUUGCUGAAAUUCUUACAGGUGGUCAGUAAUGGAAUCCUCUUCGCCUGGAGUUUUUGUAAAUUCGUCGCGCGAAGGAAUAGCUCGUGUAAAAGCCGGUGGCUAUGCUUAUAUGAUGGAAAGCUCGAUGUUGGAAUAUUAUUUGGAACGCGAUUGUGAGCUGCAAAGUAUUGGAGGGCUUUUGGAUUCCAAGGUGAGGUUUUUGAGCGAAAAUUUGAGCGGGAAUGGGUUUUUUGGGAAAUUUUGAGCCGGAAACCUGUAAUUUUCAAAAAAUAAAAAUGUUCGCGGGCAGCCGGACUCGAACCCUUGACCUCUCACUUCUUAAAUUGAUCUCUAACCAUCUGAGCUAAUAAAUAAAAAUGGUCGCGGGCAGCCGGGCUCGAACCCCCGACCUCUUACUUAAAGCCCUUAAAAUGCUCCAAAAGCACCUUAAAAUGCUCCAAAAUUCCAGGGCUACGGUAUUGCUCUUCCCAAAGGCUCACCACUUCGAGAUAUCCUAUCUCGAACCGUACUCCAACUACAAGAGCGCACGAUUCUCGAGGCUCUGAAAAAUAAAUGGUGGCGAGAUCGAAGGGAGGGACCAUCGUGUGCGCCGCCGAAUGAAAAAGCUGCGGCCAAAAGUCCGCAGAAUAUUUUUGGUGGGUUUUCUAGGCCUAAGCCUAAGCCCACUUAGGCCUUACCCCAAUUUUUUUCUUACAGGAAUAUUUUACGUGUUAUUAACGGGUCUAAUUGUUGCAUUUUUAUUGGCGUGCGGUGAAUACUGUAUCGAGUCUCGACACGACGCAUUUCGACUGAAAUUGACGAUUCUAGGAAAGGUACGGUAGGCCCCUUUAAGGCUUAGAGCCUGAAGCUGAGGCUUAGGCUAAGACCUAACUUACCUUAACUUGUUUUCUCUACAGUAUUUGAAUUGGUUUCGCGGCGGGACGCGAAAAGAGCGAAGUAAAUUGCGAAAUGUUCAAUUGGACACGGCUGGUCAGGAAAUUUCGAUGUGAGUUUUCAGAACGUUUUUUUUGGUCUGAAAAUUUCAGCACGAUUUAUUUUUACAAAUGAUUUUUAUUUUUUUACGCCGCUUUUUUACAGUUUUAACAAUAAGUUAGAGUAACUCGAGGUAAGUUUCUUUUUUUCCGAAUUUUUCCAGCAUGGCUUCUUAUUUUUGAGUUCGCUUAAGUUUUCCUUGGUUCAUUUUUAAAGGCGCUUUUUGUUGCUUUUGUAGAAUUUUUGAGUUUGGAUGCUGGAAAUUCAUGGAAAUUGGAGAAUUUAGACCCUGGAACCAUUUUUAUUGAAAAAAUCGGAUUUUUCACGGAAUUUCAGCCUGGGAGCUGAUUUUUUACCUGAAAUUCAUGGAAAACGCGAUUUUCUAACAUUUUUACUCAAGGAUGCCAUUCUAACAUGAGCAAUGCUCCAAUGUUACUUUUUUUAAAUUCAAAAAUGCUCCUUCUUAACCUGAGCAAUGUCUAAUUUUUCCAAUGAAUUUUUUUUCAAGAAAAUCCCAAUUUCCCACUGCUAUCUUCUAACCCCCCUUCUACUUCUGAGCUAACAUGAGCAAUCCUGUCUAACCUGAGCAAUACCCUCAAUUUUAUUCAGAAUCCCCCGCCAAUCAACAUCUCAACAACAAAUUCGCCUCCUCGAACCACCAAACCCGCGAAACCUGUCGCCAACUCCUGCGAUUUGCAUCGUCUCCUGCGACGACUAUGCGACAAGCGACAACGAUGAUCUGAUCUCGGUGAAUCUACGACGCGAAUCGGCUGAAAUUAGUCGCGCCGGUUUGCGACGGCUAAGUCGCAUGCUACCCGCGAACACGCAUGAACAAUUGAAACGGUUCAGGCAUGAUUCGCAGAGUAGUAAAUGA